AUGGCUGGGCUCCCUUCAAACGGCUCCCCUGCUGCACGCGGACGUGUUUCAACAACACAAUUUGCCGUCCACGAUGAGACGGACCAUCAAGACAACUCGAUGUCUUCGCGUCAAGCAAGCUCGACGUCGAAGCAAGGUGUCAGCAAGCACGGUAUCACCACCAAUGAAGGUCCAAUGCCCUUAUCAACCUCGAAGCUUGGGAACUUACAGCCCACUCCAGGUCCUUCUAGUGGUUCCAAGAAGAUGAAAGUCGAGCACUCUGCCGCCGCUCUCCAUGAUGAGAUGCAGCCGGACUCCAUGGACUCCUUACUUGCGAAGCUUUCAGAGCAACAGGCUCUACUUGCGAAGCAGAAGACAACUCUGCCGACCAAAGGAGACAUCGAGAGCCAUACAAAAGAAGGAUCCACUGCCAGCUCGGCCCUGUUGACUCCAGCUUCAGAAUCUUUCAGCUACACCAAUACCGCCAAUGCCGCCAAUGACGAAGAUGACAAGUUACGCAUCGAGGCAUCGGAGAUGGCACGCCUCAAGAAAGAACUCGAUGACGCCAAAGAUCAAAUUGCACGCCAAAAGCACGAGCUUGAUCAGACCCGCGUGAUCAAGCACACCUUCGACCAAGCAAUGGGACCACCCUCCGAAGUUGCACUCAGCCCUAGGACCGAUGUUACUGAUCCGACCAAUGCGUUUAUGACUUCCAACCGCCCUCUCGGCACAGUCCAGGGACACUGGGGUCAUGAAGAUGCCCGUUCUGAUGGGUCUGAUGUGGUCGGUCCAUUCAAUGCUGUAGCAAAUGCCUGGUCCAAUCCUUCUCGGCCCAGCUUCAAUGCCGCACUACAACCAGACUCAGGCUGGGGCCAGCCGGGACCUCGUUCGUGGGGCCAGCGAGCGAUGGGCAACGCGUUGCCUCCACCAGUAUUGGUAUCUCAGCAAACACCAAUGCAGCAACGCAACUAUUCUGUGCCGGUCUCACCAGUGUCAGGCGGAGGUGGACGUGGGAUGAAUGACUUCGGUCAAUUCAAUCAAGCUCGAAGCUACGGCCAGAUGAAUCCUCGGGACAAUCGCAACGCUCCAUCAUACCAGCGUGGCAAUGGAUGGGACGUAUACACAGGUGGCCCUGGUCCCAUGGAUGGUAUGAACCUUGGUAGCAUGAGCCCUAGCUCUACAUACCAGCCCUUGAAUAUGUAUCCAUCAGCUUACCAGCCACGGCCAAUUGGCACGCCUCUCUCCCCCACGGCAGCUGAGUUUAGGGCUGGCCAAGCUUCGGCUAACCCUUGGAACUCUGCUCCUCCCGCUUCUCCUGGACAAACAUACGUCUCACCUAUGGAGCCUCUCAAUUACCGUCGCCUCCUCGACCGUAGCGUGACUUGCAACUGGAAGUACAUAGUCGACAAGAUCGUUUGCAACAAUGAUCAGCAAGCCUCGAUCUUCCUACAGCAGAAGCUCAAAGUUGGCACAGUGGAGCAGAAGUACGAGAUCAUUGAAGCUAUUGUCGCACAAGCUUAUCCGUUGAUGGUCAACCGCUUCGGGAACUUCCUCGUCCAGCGUUGCUUCGAGCAUGGGACUCCAGAGCAGGUCAUUGCUAUUGCAAACGCCAUCCGUGGGAACACUUUGAGCCUCAGCAUGGAUGCAUUUGGCUGCCACGUCGUUCAAAAGGCAUUUGAUGCUGUACCCGAAGAGUAUAAGGCUAUCAUGGUUCAUGAAUUACUUCGCCGUAUCCCAGAGACAGUCAUCCAUCGCUAUGCUUGUCACGUCUGGCAAAAGCUGUUCGAGCUGCGCUGGAGUGACUCACCACCACAAAUUAUGAAGUACGUCAACGAAGCUUUGUGUGGCAUGUGGCAUGAAGUAGCCUUGGGGGAGACUGGUAGUCUGGUUGUGCAGAAUAUUUUCGAGAAUUGCCUAGAAGAGGAUAAGCGUCCUUGCAUCAACGAGGUCCUAAGCAGCAUCGACAUUGUUGCGCAUGGCCAAUUCGGCAAUUGGUGCAUCCAGCAUAUCUGUGAGCACGGCCUACCAGCUGACCGUAGCCGUGCCAUCGACCAUGUUCUCCGAUACGCAACCGAGUACAGCAUGGACCAAUUCGCCUCCAAGGUCGUCGAGAAGUGUCUUAAGAUUGGUGGCGUAGAUUUCCUUGAGCGCUAUCUCGAGCGUGUCUGUGAAGGCCGGGCGGAUCGUCCUCGUAUUCCCUUGAUCGAUAUCGCAAGCGAUCAGUACGGAAAUUAUCUCAUUCAAUACAUCCUCACCCAUGCGAACCCAAACCAUCGUGACAUUGUGGCUUCUCACAUCCGCAAACACAUGGUCUCCCUACGUGGCUCCAAGUUUGGAUCUCGUGUUGGCAUGCUCUGUUGCAAUCCUGCCUAUACAACUCAUCCUGGCCCUGGGGCUGGGCUUCCAACCAAUCGAUUCUCGAGUGCUCCGAGCAGUAUUCCCCGCUUUGGCGGAGCUUACCGUUGA